GGCGCAGUCGCGGGUUGAUGUCGUAGCAUCUUGAAAAUGGAGAGGAAACACAUGUCUGCCUUUUCCUUGUAUCAAACUUUGCAGUCAGAUUUGCCUCCUCCUGUUAAGAAACCUCCGCCACAGGUGGUAGUGAAGAAGAAAAAGAAAAAGGACCAUGUGGCUGCAGCCGCUAAAGCCCAGGCAAUAAAAGCUCAAAUGAAAGCUGAAAGGAAGAAGAUGCGAAAGAAGCUGCUAAAGGCUGCCCAUAGAGAAGAAAACCAAAAGGCAGCUUUAGAUCUAAACCAGGAAGAAGAUGAUUGUGUCAUUGGAGACUCUUUAGAAGUUGUGCUGACCGAGCUGGCAAAAGUAAACAACAGCAGGGAGAGAGCCCGCAAGCUGUUUCAGUGGCUUGUCAGCCCCAUUCCCGCCAGUGCCUUUUUCAGGGAAACAUGGGAAAAGAAGCCCAUUUUUGUUCAACGCAAGAAUCCAGAUUACUAUAAGGGACUUUUUUCAACAGCUGAAUUUGAUCGCAUAUUGAGAGAGGAGGAUGUUCAGUAUGGAGUGAACCUGGAUGUUACCAGCUACAUUAAUGGCAAGAGAGAAACCCACAAUCCUCCAGGAAGAGCUCUGCCGUUCACUGCAUGGGAUUUUUAUGAGAGUGGCUGCUCCCUCCGCAUGCUGAAUCCUCAGGCUUUUUCCUCCAUGGUGUGGAACGUGCUUUCCAUCCUCCAGGAGCUGUUUGGCAGCAUGGCAGGGGCCAACGUAAACCUGACACCACCUGGAACACAAGGCUUUGCUCCACAUUAUGAUGAUAUUGAGGCCUUUGUAGUUCAGUUGGAAGGAAAGAAGCACUGGCGAGUCUACAACCCAAGGUCAGACGAGGAGGUCCUCCCUGUGCUUUCAAGUCCAAACUUUGACCAGUCAGAGAUCGGAAAGCCGAUCCUGGAUGUGGUGCUGGAAGCCGGCGAUCUUCUCUACUUUCCUCGAGGAUUCAUCCAUCAGGGCAACUGCCUACCAGAUACACACUCUCUGCACAUCACCAUCUCCUCAUACCAGAAGAACAGCUGGGGGCAUCUGAUGCUGAAGGUUGUUCCUGCAGCCUUAGAAGUUGCAAUGGAGGAAGACGUAGAGUUCCGACGAGGCCUACCGUUGGACUACCUGACAUAUAUGGGUGUUCAGAACUCUGACAAGGAGGACUCGCGCAGAGUAAAAUUCUUAGCCCGAAUUGAGAACCUGAUGAAAAGACUCCCAAAUUAUGCUCCGGUGGACGCUGCUGUGGACCAGAAAGCCAAAGAAUUUCUUCAUGAUUGUCUGCCUCCCGUGCUCACCCCAGAUGAACUGAUGAGCAGUGUGCAAGGUGCACCAGCUAGGUGGGAAGGUGGGACAAUUAAGGACGUGGGUGCACAUAUUACUACCCAAACCCAAAUCAGGAUUCUUCGUGCGGGGUGUGCCAGAUUAUGCAGUAAUGGAGAUGCUGUUCAUCUCUACUACACCACAGACAACUCUAGAGUUUACCACAAAGAGGAGCCCAAGAGUUUUGAAAUACAGACAGAGCACACAGAUGCCAUAGAGUUUCUGAUCCACUCAUAUCCCAGCUUUGUGGCAGUAGGAAGCUUGCCUUGUGAUUUUGCUCAGGAUAGGAUCGCUUUGGCUGAGCUGCUUUUUGAGAAGGGGAUUAUCCACACUGUGGGACCUCUGUAGUCACCAGAGAUUCUUCAGUCCAGCUGACAACAUAAACAGAUUCCAAUUAAUUUUGUAUGAAGCAAGAUCAUUAAUUAAAAACCCUUCUGUCCCAA